AUGAGUUGCUCUUAUCUAUUUUCUGGCGACGCUUCCGUCGUCUCGCGGCGGUGGAGCGAUGUUACUUUCCGGCAGCGUGUAUUACUCCCACCCGCUUUCGCCAUUGCCAAAGCUCAAGCGUCUGGUAGCAACGGAGACACGGAGAAAGAUACAGUUUGGGAAGUGAGAGGAAGCAAAAGGAAGCGACUAGUCCCCGAUUUCCUCAGAGACGAAUUCGUCACGGAAGAAUCAGCUUUCGAAUUAUCAUCUUCUCUAACUCCAGAGAACCUCCUUGCCCAAUGUAGAAACCUCCUGACUCAAUUCCUUCUUCCGGAAGGUUACCCAAACAGCGUCACCUCCGAUUACCUCGACUACUCUCUCUGGAGAGGCGUUCAAGGAAUCGCCAGCCAAAUCAGCGGCGUCCUCGCCACACAGUCUUUGCUUUACGCAGUUGGGUUGGGUAAAGGAGCGAUUCCUACAGCUGCAGCAAUCAAUUGGGUGCUUAAAGAUGGAAUUGGGUAUCUCAGUAAGAUUAUGCUAUCGAAAUACGGACGACAUUUCGAUGUUCAUCCCAAAGGAUGGAGGCUAUUUGCUGAUCUCCUCGAGAACACUGCUUUUGGGUUGGAGAUGCUCACACCGCUCUUCCCUCAGUUCUUCGUUAUGAUCGGUGCUACUGCUGGUGCCGGCCGUUCUGCUGCUGCAUUGAUCCAGGCUGCUACUAAAAGUUGCUUUAAUGCUGGUUUUGCUUCUCAAAGGAACUUUGCUGAGGUGAUUGCCAAAGGUGAAGCUCAAGGAAUGGUGAGCAAGUCAGUGGGUAUACUACUUGGAAUCGUUGUUGCUAAUUUCAUAGGAACCUCUACAAGUCUUGCACUUGCUUCGUUUGGAGUUAUGACAUGGAUCCAUAUGUACACCAAUUUCAAAUCUUACCAAUGCAUCCAACUCCGGACUCUAAACCCAUAUCGUGCAAGUUUGGUUUUUAGUGAGUACCUCAUUAGCGGCCAAGCUCCUACAAUCAAGGAGGUCAAUGACGAAGAACCGGUCUUUCCAGCUGUUCGGUCGUUAAACAUAAAAUCUCCUAAAAAGCGACAAGAUCUUGUCUUAUCAUCAGAAGCGAAAGCAGCAGCGGAAGACAUAGAGGAACGGCUUGAACUAGGUUCAAAGCUCAGCGAUGUUAUCCACAACAAGGAAGAAGCAAUAGCACUGUUUGAUCUGUAUCGUGAUGAAGGCUACAUACUUACAGAACACAGAGGCAGAUUCUGCGUGACGCUCAAGGAAAGCUCUUCGCCACAAGACAUGCUCAGGUCGUUGUUUCAAGUGAACUAUCUCUACUGGCUAGAGAAGAACGCUGGGAUCGAAGCUACAAACACUUACUCAGACUGCAAACCGGGCGGUCGCCUCCACGUUUCUUUAGAUUACGUGCGGAGAGAGUUUGAACUCGCCAAAGAAGACAGUGAAUCAGUGGGUUGGGUCACUGAAGGACUUAUAGCUAGACCUCUACCGAACAGAAUCCGUCUAGGUUUUGAUCAUGAAGCCUCAUCUUCUCCUCCAAGCUCUUAA